AUGCCCUGCAUUGAAGAGACUCCAGGACUGCAUUUCCCAGAACUUCCCCCCAGGAAUGGCACCAGCUUAGAGCUGGCCAGUGAGAGCCUCCUAGACUCAGAAGGCAGCAAAGAGCUAGAGGCCAUGCUACCCUGGAGGCAGUUGCGGGCCGACGUGUGGGCACAAUCUUUUCUGUUUGUCCUAGGGGAGUUGUUCCUGAUUCUCCUGCUCCCGAUCAUAAGUGGCUGCCCCGAGAAGUGCCGCUGUCACUCAUCUUCAGGUUCUGUCGACUGCAGCCGGCAGGGUCUGGCUGAAAUCCCUUCUGAUCUGCCUCCUCAGACUCUAACGUUGCACUUACAGGAUAACCACAUUCGUUGGCUUCCUGCUUUUGCAUUUAGGUCGGUGGCGCGGCUCACGACCUUGAACUUGUCCAACAACUCCCUUGCACAUCUGGCCCCCAUGGCUUUCCAUGGACUUCGGCAUCUGCAGGUUUUAAACCUGACCCAGAACUGCCUGCGAUCCCUGGAAAGCAGAUUUUUCCACUCCCUCCCACAGCUGAGGGAGCUUGAUGUGUCAUCAAACAACAUCAGCCACCUUCCCACAUCCCUGGAUGAGCCCUGGGAGAAACUGACGGUAUUUGCAGUUCAACGAAACCAGCUUCAGCUGCUGCAUCGUGGACUCCUGGACUCCAUGCCCAGCGUGAGGCUUCUGUUUCUCAAGGACAACCUCUGGAAAUGUAAUUGCCACUUGCUGGGUCUUAAACUCUGGCUGGAGAAAUUUAUCUAUAACGGGGGAAUAACAGAUGGCGCCAUCUGUGAGUCGCCAGACAUCUGGAAGGGAAAGGACCUUCUGAAAAUCCCUCACGAGCUGUACCCGCCUUGCCCUCUUCUGCCUCCAGGAGUGGUGUCCUUGCAGGAUCAGCAGCCUGGCUCUGCCCACAGGGCCAGCCCAAGGUCUCCUGAGGACCACAGCUUUGGGGAUCGAGACUCCUUGGAGUGUGAGUUCAAACCCAAGCCAAGGCCAACCAAUCUGCGCCAUGCCGUUGCCACCGUCAUCAUCACUGGGGUUGUGUGUGGGAUCCUGUGUCUGAUGAUGCUGGCGGCCGCCAUCUAUGGCUGUACCUAUGCGGCCAUCACAGCCCAGUAUCAGGGAGGACCCUUGGCUCAAGCCAAUAAGCCUGGGAAGACGGGAGGAAAAGAGCUACCUGACAGCUCACCAGCCUGA